AGCUGCUGUCCAUGGCAACCAGCUCCGGCACAACUGUCUCUGACACAAGGCCACGAUAGACAGACUGCUCCUGAUAGGCAGAAAGAAAUUUACUCAACAAACGUAAAGACAAAGUUAUUCAUAAGUUAAAGCAAAGUAGAAAGCAAGAAGAAAGUUUGAAGAGAUGGGAAAUAAUAAUACAGUUCCAGCUAAUAAUAAGCCAACUACAGUGUUUACAUAUCCAGACUUCUACAACCAAGUCAAUGAGGUUGAGCUGUUGCCAGCUAUUAUUCACCACCAGGACCAAGAUAAUGAGCUAACAAACAAAAAGGAGUUGUAUGCAGUUGCAAAGGCCAAAGCCCAACGAAACCAAUCAAAAUCGAUGCUCUUUCGGGACUACAACAUUCGAUCAGAGUUGAAGCUUAUUAAACUGUUGAUACAUGUAAAUAAACUGUUGAGAGAGUGCACCAUAUAUGCAAUCGACCAUAUGCUUAUAUUUCGACAUACAAGUUCAAAAAGUGUUCCAGUGCUUUCAAUGUCUAUGAAAGAGUUGGUUUCUCUCCUCAGGAGCAUUCGCUCAGGCUGGGGUCCUCCACUGGAACUGGUCACAAGGAUGCUCAAUUCCAAGUUCUGGGUGAUGGAGGCAGACGUCUGGGCUGACCUGCUCAUCGUCUGCUGCUGGGCCAACCCCACCACUAUCUACUGCGAGAAAUGCAGCAAAGAUGUGGAAUCAACUACCACCUCUUGCAACCAUGUUGUGUGUCCUGUUUGCGUUGUGGGGAAGGGAAUAGGUCCAAUAAGCUGUCCUGAAUGUGGGCAAAGAUUGACUGCCUUGCUUUUCACGUCAGCAUUGACAUCCACACCGGAAAAAAUAACAAGGAAGCGUAGUUUUUGCGAGUCAACAACAGCUGCCACUAAGAAAGCAUGUACAAGCAAAGCAUGUACAAGCUCAGGCAAGGCAAAAAGUACAAGACCAAGACACAAAGCUGCCACACAAAUAUCUCAAACCAGCCCCUUCACAACAUCAAACCUUCAAGGGCUAUUUGAGACACUCUUCCCUGCUCGUACUAGCUGGUUCAACCUGGGUCUUGCUCUAGACAUGUCGUGUGAAACACUCAAGGACAUACGCAUCAAACAGAGGGAAGACUCGGGUGACUGCCUCAGAGAGAUGCUAAUUAUCAGGCUAGAGGAAGAGUUAAGCAAAGAGGAGAUUGUGGCAGCUCUCGAUACAGCUACAGUUGGACGAUAUUCUCUAGCACGGGAGGCGGAGAAAACUCUUUGAACUGAACUACUUUAAUACUGCACAUAAUUAUAAGCCACAUGCACGCACAUGAUACCACAUUGCACUAAUGUUACAUGUACAUCUACAAAAUUCAAGUUGGUCGUCUUGCUAUCAGUGUAUAAGAACUUUUUA